AUGCUUACAGUGUAUCUACCUUUUGAUGAUAGAAACCUAGCUUUGAUUUAUCAGAAGAUUUGCAAAGGGGAUGUGCGAAUGCAUAAAUGGAUGACUCCAGGAGCACAGAGUCUUAUAAAGAGAAUUCUUGAUCCAAACCCGAAAAGGAUAACAAUGGCAGAUAUUAAAGUAGAUGAAUGGUUUAAACAAGAUUACACUCUUGCAAAACCUAAUGAAGAUGAAGUUUUGUCAAUACAAGAGAAUCGUGUUCAUACACCUGGUUUACUUCCUUCCAAUUUGUCCGAUCAAUCUCAUAGUCCCAUUUCGGAGAACAAUGUUAUCGCGAUUGAGAUGUGUUUGAGGUUGAAUGGUGAUGUUGCUCAACAACCGGAUUAUUCACGCAGUGUUCGUUAG